CGAUUACUUCGUCAUGUCCUCCUCGACCUCCUCACGAGCCCCUGAGCGUAUCUCCCUCCCGAGCAUCCACGAGAUGUUCCCAGAGCAUCUCAUGGCUCUCCCCCCUCGAAGAGAGCACCGAGCAUCCACAGUUGCAGGUCAUCCGCUACCGCAUCCGACGGUAUCACCUCUCGUGGGCAAUCGACUUAGAUUGCCCGUCGAUCCUCUGCCCACUGCUGUGCAGACGGGCCCGGAACCGCCGCAAGAACCGACACGACGAGCAGACCAAGCAGACGAAGAGAGGAGACAUGUGUGCCUAACAUGCGGCAAGGCUUUCAACCGCCCCAGUAGCCUCUCCAUCCAUGUCAACACUCACACCGGUGCAAGGCCGUUCGAGUGCCCAUUCCCAGGCUGUGGCCGCCGCUUCAACGUCAACUCGAACAUGCGCCGCCACCUGCGCAACCACAAUUCUCCCUCACGCCCGCUGAACACUGCCUCGCCGUACACAUAUCCGCUGACGACUGUCCCCCGACCGCUUCCGCCCACGGCCUCGACGAGCUACGGCGCGCCUGUGCACCCACCGGCAUCGAACCAUACGCAAUAUCGUAGCUCAGACUCCGGAAGCGAGGAGGAUGAGCUGUCUGAGUCUGAGUCGUGGGAGCACGAGCGUGAGGACGAGCUGGCCGAGGAAGUCGACCGGCUCAGGCUCCGCGCCCACUCGACCUCGAGCACUGCAUCCUCGCCGCGUGCGCAGCCUGCAAGUCCAUCGCACCACUCACGAGGAGGAUUAUGCACGACACCCGGCUGCCGCGAUUGUGGGCGUUCUACGGUGCUCCAUCCCUCGGGUCAGGUGUACCGCUCUAGACCCUGAGGCCGCGCGGGCGCCAGGCUGAGCUGUCUCCCGUAGUGGCGCCCUGCACAGCCGCCUGAGCCUCCAUUCAUCCUUCAAUGCCGUCAUAUCUCCCAUCCAUGCACUCGGGAUUGCUCACGAACUUGAACACUCGAGGUCUCGUACUCGUAAAUCGGAUAGAAAAUGACGUAUUUUAUUUUCGUUUCUUUCUCAUCGCAUUGAAUCACGAUCAGCGACUCCAGGAUUUGGCUGAAUAAAUUGACGUACUUGUGCUUCC